ACACUGCACUGCACUGGUCAGCCUGUACUUGCCUUGUUCAGUGUGUUGUUUUCUUCUACUUUUGUAGGGAAGAUUUUCAGGUCUGGACAGCAGUUGUUGUUUAUUCCUUCGCCAAGCGAUAGGAGAAGACAAAGCAGGGUUGCAGAGCAUCCAGGAUCAGCAAUGAGGGUGGACGUCGUCGCUUGCCUCAUGGCGCUGGCCGCCGUCUCGGUGUUGGCACAAAAACCGGCGCCGAAGUAUCCUGGACUUGCAGGCACGUUCGUUGCUGAGGUGGAGGCCAAUAUCCUGAACAAGAACUACACUGUGUACACGAGAGAGUUUUUUGACGACGUGCAGAAUGUGUCCCGCAUCGAGGUGAUGCGAAACGGCUCGCGCCAUGUCCGCGUCAACGAUUUCCGACGUCAGGCGUCGUAUCAUGUGGACGUGGACAAGACGACAUGCACGUCGGGACCCAUCAAGCCGGGGCCGGCGGUGAGCGUCGGCGCCGACGGACUGGCACACAUGGUCGGCGUGUCCGACUUCUUCCACUUCGGCAAGAAGUUCCACGACACGUACGAGGGCCAGGUGCGAGUGCGUGGCAUUCUGUGCGACAAGUGGCGCGGCCAAUACAGCGGGUCACAGCGCGGCCACACGUUCAACUACAGCCUGGAGUGGUUCUUUGCCGCGCAGGACAACUGGACCAUGCCGAUUGGAAACAUCGAGCCGGUGGCCGUUCCUGUACGGCUGGUGUUGCUUGGCACGGUGAGUGCCGCCGGGUCCGCUCAACGACAUGUCCACCACGUUUACGACUUUGUCGGCUUUCGUACGGGUGCAGCAGCUGCCGCGGCCAUGGCUAACAUGAAUGAGUUGUUUGAAGCUCCACGGGGAUACAACUGCAAGGGAGUUGGUGUGGCGAAGACGUUGCCCAAGUUGCCGAGCCGAUUCUCGUUCACAAUGUCGUCGAACAAAGGCGAGUAUGGUCACGUCAGCCACCGCUCGUAUUAUGGUUAUGACGCGGAUCGUGCCGAGACGGUCUCCGUCUUCCAUUUCCACCCGAACAACACGCACCCAUAUGGCACUGGAAGCUUGCGUUUCCUGCGCAACUUCCGCGAAGGUACCCAGUACAUCAUCUCGCGGCACAACUGUACGCUGUCGACGCUGCAGCCGUCCGGCAUCUCUGACAUCGGCGAGGAAAUCUCCUACUUGCACGGCCACGCCUCGAUAGCGUCGCCGAACGCCGUGUUCGGCUUCGAGGCGUCGCGCAACUUCACCUACGUCGGCCCGCGCACGGUGGAAGGCGUGCACGGCGAGACUUGGUCAGUACUGCGUGACGAUGUGAAGAUUUACCCGGGCCAGCCGGCCCCACUCACGCUCUGGGAGUAUACGUUCAGCUUGCCCACCUGGGCGUUUGACACGUUCCGCGGAGAGUUAAACUCCACUCAG